AUGUCCUAUAUGCCGAUCGAGGGGGCGGAUCAGAGUCCGGUUGAUGAAAGAGUCACACAGGAAAUGCAAAAUGAAGUUAGCCCCUCUGCCUCGCCUCCCGAGAGCGAAGCAAUGCAGGAUGGAGGCGUGAAAUCCUCUGCAUUAGAAGGCAGUGAUUUUGUGGAGCGCAUGCCGCAACAGAAAGGAACAGGCGGUCACUUGGACUCCCUUGUAGAAGAAAGAGCGGUUGAAACCGAUGAGAAGCUCACUGACAACAGGACGUUGACCGAUGGAGAUCAACCUGAUCGAGAGGAAGACGCUCUUAAUUCUCACUUGUUUCCACCUCACAAGUGUCAGAAGCAGGUCGGCAAUGGACCUCAAGAAGUCAACUCAAAUGUGCAAAUGGAAAUCUUGACGCAGAGACUCUGUGAUGGCGAAAAUGACAAGUGUAAAAGAGGAAUUUUGUUCGGUAAGACGGACGAAGAAAUGAAACAGUCUGGAUUGUUCGACGAUGAUGAUUUCACCAGCAAGAGCUCCAUUUCCAACCUGCUACGUCUUGCGGGCAAUUCGCAACUCCUGCCUUCCUACUUGAAAGUAGCAAGAAGCUUCCGUGGAGGCUUGUGCGCAAAGUCCCUCAUUCAAGCAGGAUACUUGAAACAAGCACAAGUCGUCCGGCUGUCCGAAGAUAUCAUCGACCUACAGGCCCUUAGAUCCUGCGUGCUCCAGUCCAAGAAAAUCGAACGCUCCUUCAUGCAUUAA